CACUCUCAGUCUCGCCAUGUUGAAGUCAGGAUGGCCUGCAUUCACUAUCUUCGAGAGAACAGAGAGAAAUUUGAAGCGUUUAUAGAAGGAUCAUUUGAAGAGUAUUUAAAACGUUUGGAAAAUCCACAGGAAUGGGUAGGACAAGUGGAAAUAAGUGCUCUUUCUCUUAUGUACAGGAAAGAUUUUAUAAUUUAUCAGGAACCAAAUGUUUCUCCUUCACAAGUAACUGAAAAUAACUUUCCUGAAAAGGUAUUACUGUGUUUUUCAAAUGGAAAUCAUUAUGAUAUUGUGUAUCCCAUAAAAUAUAAAGAUAGCUCUGCUAUGUGUCAGUCUCUCCUUUAUGAAUUGCUGUAUGAGAAGGUAUUUAAAACUGACGUUAGUAAAAUCAUGAUGGGACUAGACACCUCUGAAGUAGCUGAUGAGAACAACAGUGAAAUAUCAGAUUCAGAGGAUGACAGUUGCAAGUAAGAAAAAUUUAAAUCCUAAAAUAUCUUUCUAGUGCCCUACAAAGAAACAUUUCAAUAAAUAUUUCUUCAUGGAGUUGUUUCAUAUAUUCAGGAGAGUUAUGGUAUUCAUAAAAUACAGCAAUCUGCAGUAGAAGUUUUUUUUUCUCUGCCACUGAUUUUACCUAAUUUCCAUUAUGGCACUGUUCCUUUUAAAAGUCAUUGUUUUUGGUUGAUGAGAAUGUCUAUGUAAUGUAGAAGUAUAUCUGUAGAAUAGAUUUGGUCCUAUCUAUAUGUGUAUAUAUAGUAAAAUUUUAAAGUUAACCUUUCAAAUGUUUACAUAUCCAUUGAUGAAAAAUAUGGCUGUUUAGAUUUCCUU